CCUCCUUGCAAUUGACGGACAACCAUGGAAGGGCUUCGACUCCAGAGACUCACUUUCCCGCUCUUCACCUCCUGGCGACUAAUCAUCCAUGAAUCUCCUGCCUGAACGCGUGGCACAGCUCGCCCUCGCGACCUUCAAUUCCCUGCCUCCAAAAUGUAAGCCACGCACUCUUCUAGAUGGCACGACCGAAUGGACGCCAAUGUCGGCAGUGGUUCUGGCACAGGAAGGACAGGAUGCUCCUCUGACUUGUGUUUCGCUGGCUACGGGAACCAAGUGUCUGUCAACUUCUGCCUUGCCUCGAUGCAAGGGUCUCGUGGUCCACGAUUCGCAUGCUGAGAUCCUGGCAUUGCGCGGAUUCAAUCGAUGGCUCCUUUCGGAAAUCGAAGCGAUCCUUCGUGACCCGACUUAUACAUCGCCCUACCUGGAGCUCACCCCACGAGACGACGCUGGGUGGCGUCGGGGUUUCCCAUUCAGAUUAAGAGACCAUGUCACCAUCCACUUCUUCACCACCGAGGCGCCGUGUGGUGAUGCGUCGAUGGAGAUACUGAUGGAAUCUUUGCCUUCUGGCGACGCAAAUCCGUGGCCAGUAGAAUGCGAUACCCCCACUUCGCUGCAAGGCCGCGGCUACUUCUCUCUCCUGGGCUAUGUCCGUCGAAAGCCUGCCCGGGCAGACGCCGAGCCAAGUGGUUCCAAAUCUUGCACAGACAAGCUUGCCGUCAAGCAAUUCACUAGUAUCUUGUCGUUUCCAGCUGACCUGUUCGUAGAGAGAACUCCGAGUGCCUACAUCAAGAGCCUUGUGGUCUACACCGACCAAUACAAUCCCGUAGGUUACGAGCGUGCAUUUGGGCCAGAAGGACGCUUGUCGCUGCUUGGGGACGCUGGAAUCUUCUUUUCUGUUCAACCUUUGCGUGCGGACUUUACCCGUUUCGCGUUUGAGAGGCGACGGCCACAUCCUGCCAACUCGAUGCAAGCGACAUCCAAAACAAGCAACAUCUCGGUGUUGUGGGUGCAAGCGGCUGGAACCAACCGGUCGAACGUGGUUGAGGUUCUCAUUAAUGGCGUGAAGCAAGGUUACAGACAAUGGGACGAGAGACUUGGCAAAGCCAGCACUGUCUCCAGAAGAGAGUUAUGGGCCACCGGUCUGAGGAUCAGCAGACUCCUCGAGAAUCUUGAUACCUUUGAUAACUUGGGCAGCGUACCUGGUCAGGGGGAUAUUGGCUGGUUCAAAAUGACGCAGAGCACACUUUCCGCACGAACAUAUGAAGAGGCUAAAUUAUCAGCUCUGAGAGAAUCUCGCAGAGAAUGCAGGAAGCAUGUCACCGAUAUCUUGGACAACUGGACCAAGAACGCUGGCGACAGUGACUGGGAUUGCGACUUAACUGAACGACUAAUUCGCGCCACCCCGGGUCGCGAUUGUCCUGCAAGAAGUUCACAGCCCUUUUUACACGAGAGAGGCAGCCAGGCGCUGCCUUGA